AUGGCCGACGACGCCACGGACCCACGCCCACCGCCGGCGCCGAUCGCCGUCGCCGCGCUCCACAUCGACACGCAAGCCAUCGAGGCAGAGUCGCUGGAAGCUCCGCUGGCGGUGUCCCCGACGUACGGUGUUGCGCGCAACCAAGUCGAUCCUGCGGUCCUGGCCGCGCUGCCCAAAGAGAUCCAAGACGAGGUCCUCGCUAGCUUCUCGGUGCCAGCCUCGCCGUCGGCUGCCGCUCCUGUUGACCCGAGCGAAGCCGCGUGGACGUGCCCCAUGUGCACCUUCCUCAACCACGCGGCCUUGUGCACGCCUUCCGAGACGGUGUACGAAGCGCUUUUGCAAGAGCUGUGGACGACGGUCUUCAGCCAAAGCGUAAUUCCAGGCAUGGCCCAGCCCCGGUUCACGCGCGACGGCGACGGCUGGCUCCAGCUCGGCUUCCAGCGCAGCAACCCGGACACGGACUUUCGCGGCGGCGGCCUCCUCGGCCUCAAGUGCCUCGUGUAUGUGUGCCACAUGCACAUGGACAAGAUGGCCUACAUCUUUGCCGACCAGGUGCCGAGUGCGGGACAGCGCUGGUACCCUGUCUGCGUCGCAGGUAUCAACCUCACGUGCAUGCUUGCGGGUCUGCUCAAGCUCGGGGAUGGGUCGUUUGCCGAGACGUCGGACAACUGCUGGCGUCUUUUCGACGAGCCGUCUGCGUUUUACGAGCUCUAUUACUACGCAUUUCUCAAGAUGGAUCAAAUCUGGCACCGAAGCCAGGCCACGUUCAUGCAGUUUGGAGACGUCCUCAAGGCGACCAAGAAGCUCGUGCGCUACGCCUUAGCGCAGGGCCCGACGUCGCUCGCCGAGCUCACGGCCUUUACCGAGACGAUCCACGUCGACGACUUCAAAAUCACGCGCCGCCAAGAGUACUACGACGACGUCGACGACGGCGAGUGCCCCGACCCGCACCGGAUCACCGAAGACGACGGCGUGCCGGUCACCAAGGUCCACGACAUUGCAUCGCUGCAGUACGAGUUGCACAAGUAG